GAAAAUCCACGAAGUGAGCCAAAGAGAGAAAAAGAUAUAUAGUUAAGGUGAGAAAAUAAUGGGUGUUUUCACUUGUGAAGUCGAGCACGUUUCCCCCAUCUCCGCUGCAAAAUUUUACAAAGCCGUUGUUGAAGAUUGUGUCACUCUGUGGCCAAAAGCAAUGCCAAAAAUCAUUAAGAGCGUUGAAUUCACUGAAGGAGAUGGAGGGCCAGGAACCAUUUGCAAGCUUACUCUUCUUAAAGGAUAUUGGAUGAGCCAAGUAGACGCGAUUGAUAAAGCAAAGUUUGAGUUCAAGUAUACUGUGAUUGAAGGAAUGAUAUUGGGGAACCAAUUGGAGAAGAUCUAUAAUGAUCUCAAAGUGGUUGAAAGGGAAGAUGGAGGAUGCAUUGUGAAGAAGAUAAUAAAAUUCUAUACCAAAGACAAUGAAAUAUACGAUGAAAAAAAUUUGAAGUUUAAUAAGGACAAAACACUUCUCUUCUUCAAGACCCUUGAGGAUUUCCUUCUGGCUAAUCCUGAUUACAACUAAGUCAGUGUUAAUUAAUUAUGUUAUCCUUUUCUAUUUUGCAUGUCGUGUUGCUUUAUUUUCAAAUAAUUAAUAUUUCACUAGAGUGGUAUCAUGUAUCUAUAUUUAGUACUUGGUACAGUUCUAUUUUCCUUA